UUAGUGGUGUGGUGCAUUUUCGCGGCAACCAGUCGCCCAAAAGGGCCAAAAGCAGAAGACUCUCCCCUUCUCUGCAUUUCUUUGGAGGCAGUUGGGGGGGACUUAUUUUCCACUCUCAGAAGGGCACAAAGGCAUCUCUCUUUGGUCAAUCUCUGUCUACGACUCUACAUCGUCUGCUGCUGCUUCCUUAUAUUCUUUCCUUUCACAUUUCAAUUUUCUUUGUACAUGGAAUUCAUACUUCACCUCCACCAACUCUAACUGCCGCCUCUCUGGAUGCUUGCAUAGCCUUGGCUUGAAGCUUAUUUGCUUGUUUAAAUGCCUCUUAUAGCUAGCUAGCUAUCUACCUCUCUUCACUUACCUGAGGCCAAAAUUUUCUGAGAAAAGAAGUGCGUAAAUUUCUCAAGGAUUUUUCUUUUUUUGAGAAGUGGCUGCUUCGUUUUCUUUUUAGCUUUACUACUUCUAAUGGUCGAGAUUAACGGGCCGGCUGAUUGUUUUCUUUAUGCAACAAACUGGGUUUUCUGCCGCUUGAACAACAGGGACUGAGUCUUGGUCCUCAAGUCAGCUUGGCAGUUAGAAACAGACGGUAACUCGAAAUUUGGUUGCUGUGUGGAUGAAGGUAUAGGGAUUGGCUUGUCUUGUUUAUUGAACUUCUUGUGGUGCUGCGAUACUGGGGUUUCUAAUUAUUUGUGGAUUCUCAGUGAUGAUCAGCUGCUAUAAAUAGGUACAACUAAAUUUACCCACUUGUGUGUUUCCUUUGAAAAGGAACUCUAAUAACUAAAUUUGCUCGCUUGUGUGUUUUCUUUAAACUCAAAUCUGUAUGAGCUUGUAGAUUGAGGGCUAGCAGGAUGGGAAAUGAGGGUGCUCAUCACUUGGAGCUUCCUUACUACUGUACUAUUAAGCAAUUGCAGGUUCAUGGUUUGAUUUGCUUGCGACUUAAGGACUUCAUAGAUAGAAUAUUACAGAUUUAUCCAGCUAUUGAAUCUGCAAGACCACGAUGCAGGACAGGGCUACAGGCAUUAUGCUCUUUGCAUAAUGCUAUGGAUAAAGCAAGACUACUUAUCCUGCACUGCUCCGAAAGUAGCAAACUCUACUUGGCAUUUCAAGCAGAUCGGAUACUCCAGAGAUGCGAAAACUUGAGAAAGGCUCUGGAUUUAAGCUUAGGCCAAAUUCAAAAUAUGGUUCCAACAUUACUGGCUGCCAAGAUAUCUGGAAUUGUUGAAGAUCUUAGGAGUGCAAAAUUUCAGUUAGAAUCUUCUGAAGUUGAGGCUGGAAAGGCUGUAAAAGAUUUGCUUAGGCAGGACAUGCCUGCAUCAGAUUCUAUAAACAAGGCAGAACUAGGGGCCCUUGAAUUUGCAGCUGUGAGACUGAAAAUUACAUCCCCUUUGGCUGUCUUGAUAGAGAAAAGGUCCAUCAAGAAACUACAUGAGAAAAUUUGUGAUAUGGACCCGAAAAAGAAAAUCCUGGAAUAUUUCUUGUAUCUUUUGAGGAAAUAUGGAGGACAGAUUGGGCAAUGCGAAACCAAUGGUGGCUUUUCUCAGCAUGAGGAAUGCAAGACUCAAACUACUGAAAAACCUUCUCCACCUGACCCACCACAUGAAUUUAAGUGUCCAAUCUCUAUGAGACUAAUGUAUGACCCAGUAAUCAUCAAUUCUGGCAAAACAUAUGAACGAGUUUGGAUUGAGAAAUGGUUUAGUGAGGGGAAUGAUACAUGUCCAAUAACACAUAUAAAGCUGGAUAAUUUAUGCUCGACUCCAAAUGUUGUGAUUAAGGGCCUUAUUUCAAAGUGGUGUUCAAAUCACGGGAUUAAUAUUUCUGCACCAUGUGCACAAACAAUUCCAGCUUCUAGUUUCUCAAAGAGGCUUUUGUCCUUUACAUCUGUUGCUAGCAUUGGCAGUUCUAUGAAUGAUUUGUGCCUUCAAGUUAGCAAUGUCUCACUUAGGUCGUCAGAUACAAAUUGUGGAUCAGAUUUAGUGGAUGAUGAUAACAUUGCUAAUUUCAGUGUUGGCCUCCCUCGGACGAGUUCAGGUAUCUGUGUAAGUCAGUCAUCUAUAACUGCCCAUAGCAUAAUUAGGGUGGCAUCAUUCUCCAAACUGGAUUCAUUUCCGUGGGAAUCCCAGUGCAGGGCAGUGCAAGAUAUUAAAGAGCAACUGAACAAAAAUGAGCAGGAAUGUGAUUUGCUAUUUAACAAGAAUUACAUGAAGCCACUGGUUAAAUUUUUGAAGGAUGCAUAUGACUCUUGUGAUGAAAAAGCCCAGGAUGAUUCAGUGGAGGUGCUUUUGGCAAUUUUAAGCAAAAGCAGUACUGGAUUGCCUACAUUUGACAAAGAUGCAAUCUACAUACUGGCAUCAGUUCUUGAUUCUGACAUCACAAGUAAGGCUCUUAAAGUCAUGGAAGUUCUAUCAUGCCAACCCUCGUAUAAGCCUGGAAUUCUUGCAUCAGGAGUUCUACCUUCCAUCCUAAAAGUCCUUGAUGCACAAGUUAGGGAGUUCCAUGAAUUUGCCAUGAAGAUACUCUGUAAUUUGUCCUGCAGCAGUGAUAUAGCAUACCACAUUGUGUAUUUGGAUUGCAUCCCAAUGUUGCUUCCUUUUCUCUGUGAUCAGAGUCUUGCAGGGUAUUGCCUUAAUAUUAUGAAUGCCUUGUGUGAUAUUGAGGAAGGUAGGAAAGCAGUUGCCCAAACCAAAUCUUGCAUUGCUUCAAUCGCCAAUCUUGUGGAAACUGGUAGUAAGCAAGAGCAAGAAACUGCAAUGGAAGUUCUGCUGGCUCUAUGUUAUGAACACAUCCAGCAUUGUCAACAGGAAUUGGGAGAAAGCACAAUAAAAACUCUGUUCAAUAUAUCUGUUAAUGGGAAUCAAAGAGGAAGGAUUAUUGCCUCAGAAUUGCUCCAGAUUUUGGGACAUACAACAGAAGGUGAUGUCUCAGACUGUUCUACAUUUAGUGCUGUCUGCAGCAUGGUCAUCUCAAGUGACUCUGGCAGUGGUGAUCAUACUAAAGGGAAAAAAUCACCUUCCAGGGGAUUUGGAGAUCUGGCAAGGAAAAUUGCUAGAUUUUUUCACCGUAAUCGUCAGUUAUGAUCUACUGAAUGUUUGGUUGACGGGUAUGUUAUUUCUUUUUUUCACAAAACAACAUAGGAUGUAACAAAGGAGUAACGGAGUAGUUGUCAAACACCCGUGUCAAAUACUCUCUGUGAAUAUUAGAUGAGUUUUACUAUUUUGUUUGAUGUAUAAAAUUACUUGCAUUUCUGGUCAGAAGUAAAUUUGCUAAUUUGAUAGUUCAACUGGGGGCAUUUUCUCUGUUUGCACAUUUAUCAAAUGAAUGAAUUCUAAACUAUCAUUUGUAAUGCUAUUAAA